CAUUUCAUAAUAACAUAUAGGCCUGACCUACAGGAAAGAACAGUUUAUGUUUCAUCUAUCUAAUAUUGUGUUGUUCAUACUAUACAAUGAUUUAUUGCUUGUCUUUGUUGAAUAAUACAGAUGAUAAAGAGCUUUAAAAAUAAUCGCAUAUUAAAUCGCAAUUGCAAUAUUGGUAAAAAAAAUCGCAAUUAGAUUAUUUUCCAAAAUCGUUCAGCCCUACAACAGAUACAGACACAUGCGCACACUUCCAUAAAGUGUUGCAAAUGACACAAUAAAAUCUCCAUACACUUUCAAUCUACUUAUAAAUGUGUUAAUUGAACAUUUUGUAAUAAACAACAAAUAUACUGCAUUUUGUUACUUGUAAUAGUUUUAUAGUGUAUAUAAAUUAUUUUAAAUUAUUGUCGUUAAUUAUGACACAAUUAUGCCAUUUGCAAUGCUUCAUUUUAAGUACACUUUAAAGUUACAACUUUUUAUAUAUAUAUAUAUUUUGCUUCAAACCAAAGUUUUUAAUGUUGUGACUCAUCUUCAACACAAUGUUUUAUAAUGUCAUGGAGAAACUGAAUUGGGAAAAUAAUGCUGGAGCAGGAACAAGACUGUUGUACAAGCGGUCGCUCUUUGUUUUGUCUAUUCAAUUUAUUGCAAAGGUCAGCUCAGAAUCACAAUGCCAGAAUAACAGGCAAAAUAAUGAUGUGCUGCCUUUGAUUCUCUGGUCCAAAUACUCAUAUUGGUGCUGUUUAUAGAGCACUCCAGAACACAAUGGAUGAAAAUCAGAAGUCUGACUUUUUAACAGGAAAACACAGCAAGUGGCACAUAGGCCUCUUCCGUGCACAAAACCUGCCAUCCUAAUAAAGUGGUUUGUACACGGAGUCACGCACUCGCUCACUUUGUCUGUAUCGCUGCCGCUGCUGUAGCGCACUAAUUAUCUACAUUAGUAUGAGUAUGCUAGCAGAGACGAGAAGUGCGUCACUGAAGUGCACCUGAAAGAAUAAACAGCGGGUAGCGUUCAUGUACCUCAGACAUGCUUCUGUGCUGCUGCGCUACAGGCUUCAUAUUCACUGUUUGAGUCAACAAAUGAUAAAUACAAUAAGAUGAUUUAAUGAUAAUGUUAAACGUAUAAGAACAGACAUGUCUUCAGUCUCAGCACAUUUCGUUAGGGUUGCGGUUAGCGCAUGACGAUUCCACCCUUUGCUUCAUUUGCGUUUGGAGGGGCAUUGGGAUAAUUUGAUGGGUUAGGACCCCCCCUAGAUCUGGCCCUGAACGAUCCUGUAGGUCCAUCCAAUGCAAGUGAAUGGUGACCAGAACUUUGAAGCUCAAAAAACACAUAAAGACAGCAUAAAAGUAAUCCACAAGACUCCAGUGGUUAAAUUAAUGUCUUCAGAAGUGAUACGAUCACUUUAGGUGAGAAACAGAUCAAUAUUUAAGUCCUUUUCACUAUAAUUGUUUGCUUCAGGUCGCUCUCAGUUGACGCUGCCUCUCGCGUGGUGUAAGCGAGCUGCAUUUCCGGUUGUAUCCUGUCAGUUCUCACGUGAACUUGCAAACGUAGUUAUGUCACACGAGAGGCAGCGCCAACCCAGUCCCUUCGUGGAUGUGCAUCGGAGAGCAUACGAAAGUAAACAGUUAUAGUCAAAAAUUGUAUCGCUUAUUAAUUUAAUGACUGAAUGGAUUACUUUUACUAUGAUUGUCUGUGCUUUUUUUAGCUUUAAAUUGUUGGUCACCAUUCACUUGCAUUGUAUGGACCUACAGAGUUGAAAUAUUAUUCUAAAAAUCUGUAUUUGUGUUCAGCAGAAUAAAGAAAGUCAAACACAUCUGGGAUGGCAUGGGUGUGGGGAGAUGAGAUGAGAGAAUUUUACUUUUGGGUGAACUAUCCCUUUAAGAAACUAAUAUUUACUGAAAAUCUUCUGAUCCUCCUCACCAUAAGAAAUACUGGUUUGGAAUGAAAUGAUGGUGAAAAGAUAAUGACAGAAUUUGUAUAAAAAUGCAUAAUCUUUCAUUGUAGUUGCAUGUAAUAAUCAGUGUUUUCUCAUUGUCUCACUUCAUAGUUCAAAUGGGUGGUUGCUGAGGGUGAUCUGAGUGGUUUAAGGACUCUAUAAUCUUGUCCCGAUGGAGAUCCAUAGAAUAACAUCAACUCUUGGCUUCAUCGCACAACCCUCUGCAACAGAAACAUUCUCAGCAUCUCCCAGCCAAACUUUAGUGUCUGUUUCAUUUCCAAGUGAGAAUGAAUCCCUGCAGAACUGGACAAACAGCAACAGGGUUGUUGACCAUGUGCCGGGCGUCGCUGGAAUCCUCAUCCCUCUCAUCUACAUCACCGUGUGUGUCGUCGGCCUGGUCGGAAACACCCUCGUCAUCCACAUUGUGCUGCGAUAUUCUCAAGCAGAAUCGGUUACGAAUAUCUACAUCCUCAAUCUGGCCAUUGCAGAUGAACUCUUCAUGCUAGGUCUGCCGUUCCUCGCCGUGCAGAAUGGUCUUCUCUCCUGGCCCUUCGGCUCAUUGAUGUGUCGCCUGGUCAUGACGGUAGAUGCGAUUAACCAGUUUACAAGCAUCUUCUGUCUGACUGUGAUGAGCAUUGAUCGCUACCUGGCUGUGGUGCAUCCUCUCCGUUCCUCUAGGUGGCGCCAGCCACGUGUGGCAAAAGCUGUGAAUGCCACGGUAUGGGCAGUUUCCUUUGUGGUUGUCCUGCCUGUGGUGGUGUUUGCCGAUGUUCUGCAAGACGAUGGAAACUGCAGCAUCGUAUGGCCCGAGCCAGCAGAAGUUUGGAAAGCAGUUUUUAUCAUCUAUACCGCAACUGUUGGGUUUUUCGGCCCUCUGACGGUCAUCUGCCUAUGCUACCUGCUGAUUGUUGUGAAGGUACGCAGCUCUGGACGCAGAGUUCGAGCUACAUCCAUUCGACGCAGGAAAUCAGAACGCAAGAUCACGCGCAUGGUCGUGAUCGUCGUGGCAGUAUUUGUGUUCUGUUGGUUGCCGUUUUACAUACUAAACAUCGUAAACCUGCUAGUGCUGCUACCAGGAGAGUUCCGCGGUCUGUAUUAUUUUGUCGUGGUUCUGUCGUACGCCAACAGCUGUGCAAAUCCCAUCCUGUAUGGGUUCCUCUCUGACAAUUUCAAGAGAGGCUUCAGGAAGGCUCUAUGUCGAUCAUCUAGACGUGUGGAGAGCCAGGACCAGCAACAUGGGACGGGAAUGGUUGCUUUACCGCUGGAGGAGAUACAACGAGAACUGGAUCCAAGAGACCAUCUGAGGGACCCAUGCCAGCUGACAGAAGCAGAGAAAGACAAGGACGAGCUAAGAAAGCUUAGCUACAUGGAGGACACCAAUGAAAUAGUUGAACUCCACAGGAUGGCUCACAACAGCUGCAGUAAUGGAUGCCAGGAGGAUACAAAGAAUUUGAAUGCCAUUGCAGGUGGUACCAGAAAAGCUGUGGAUGUAGGGUAUGAGGGCACCAUCAACCCGACCAUUGAACCCAAAGCUGUCUUCAAUGGCGCUCAAAGAUGCCGUGAACAUCUGCCUGAGAACAGCGAUGACAAACACGCAGUUCUGGAAAUCAGUUAUUUGUAAAUUGGACAAACUUUGAAUUGCUGGGCUACAUGAAAGAUGGCAAUGACGUGAUGGAACUCCACUAUUUGGUACCAAGAAGGCACUAGGAAGGUAGAUGGCAUUGAAGAUAUUACCAGUAGAGCUGUGGAUGGAAAUUGUGAAAGCUCCAUCAGCUUGACCUCUGAACACACAGCUGUCCGCAAUAGAGCACAAACAGGACAUAAACACCUGCCUGAAAUUGGUUAUUUGUAACGUGGACAGACUUGGAUCCAUUGAGGGGUUUUCAUUUAUGACUAUUAAAUGCAAAUGGACAUGGCAACACUGUUCAUUAAACACUGCCAACUAAGAAAAAUCAGUGCCACAGGAAUACAUGGUCUUUGCUCAGACUCUUUACAAUACUAAAUCCAUUUUUAUAAACCCAAUCCAAACUACAUUUGUAUUUUUGGAUAUAUUAAAUCUGAAAUCAAUAGCAACCAGUGUAGAUGAACUGGAUAGCAUCUACACUGUCUGAACAAACGGAUCCCAUUUCCAGAUUGAUCUCACAGUGAAUUUGGCAACAGCAUGUCGUAAGUUCUUCAGCUGAAAUCAGGAGGAUAUAGCUGCAGGCAGAACUCCAAAAAAAGGGGCGGGAGCUCCAAACCACCAGCAAAGAUAUAGGUAGCCCCUUACCUAACCUUUUCCCUAACCUUAACCGUGAGUAGGAACACAUUCGACGCAUCCGCACUACAACUGCUUUGUCACACUCUUUUAGUAUAGUCAAUGAUCAGCGCAUGCGCAGACGACGUGCUCAGACGAGGACUGCGUCCGCUGGUCAAGAAAAUCUAGGCAGUGCGCGAUCAAGCCGCGCGGCUGUGCUGAUGAUGCAAUUUGAUUCACACAUACUGUAUGCGGAGUGAUCCACAAUGUGGAUACCCAAAGUAUAUUUUUGGCCUUAAGUGACGGCCUCUAUUGGAGCUGCCGCAAAUCCCUUUUGGAGUAACCCUGUGUAAUGGGAGCCAGCUGAUAAAUAGCUGUGCAAUGUGUAUAAAUCUCACUCUCCUGACCUCAAGAGGUGUGCUAGCGACUGACGCUAGGGGCUGUAGCCUUUAGCCUCCUUGAUAGCACACCUGCCUCCCACGCCGGUUCGAGUCCCAUACAGAGUGGGUAGAACAAGAGUGUCACACCCACCCUCUUUUGUAGAUUCCGUCCCCAUUUGGAGGUCUCAGCCCUGCAGCUAUACCUACCUGGAAAUCAGUUCGAAAUUCAAAUCACUGUCCCAGUGGCCCAGGUUGGAUGUGUUGUUGAUGUUAGGACACAUGUGAGCUCCAGUUUCCGAAUGAAGUGUCCUCAAAGUGGCGCCAAAAGCCAGUAUUAUUAGUUGUAAAUUAUGUAAUAAUGCAUAUUUUAUUCACCAUAUACCCAAACCCUAAACUUUACCCUCAGUGGAAUAGGAAUGUAGUCUUGUGCCCUAGGUAUACUUCCAUUUUGAUGUGAACGCCCCGCGUCUGCGUACAGUUGAAAGCGAGCCUGUCAAAUUACAAUUCAUAUAACUGUGAGCGCAUUUACAGGCGGUUGGCGCAUAAAAGCUACGACUGCUGAGACACUGGACUUUCUCUUCAAGAGUUUAAACCCAUAAAGAUGUCUUUAUAUUCCCUCAGAAUGGAGUUUUAUAAAUGCAGGUAUCUCCAGAUCUCCUCACACACGCACUCUUGACUUGCACAUCCACUGUUGUUGUUUUUACCUUCAUCUCCUGAUGUUUAGCGGUGAUUACAUCUUCUAGCGCUUCUUUGUGACAGCAAAGGCUCAAAAUAAGUGUUGCUACCUUGUGGACCCACUAAUUGGUGCAAAUAACUCCCAUUCAAGCGCAUGCCCAUUCUGUGCAUAAAGACAAGCGGUUGGAAAAAUUGGGAUGGGCGCAUUCAGUGCUCAGGCACUCUGCUGAUGACUAAAUUUGCGCCACGCGUCCUGUACGCUGACCCUCAGCGUUUGCGUCUGACCGAAGUAUACUUUGGGCUUUAGAGGGAAAAUGCAACCUCCGAUUCGCACUCAUCAUUGAUAAUGUGAACAUGUUUACUUCCUGGUUUCAGGGGACCAGACCUCGUGUCUAUGUCGCACCACAGGAAAAGCUAAACACGUCAAUUGAUGUAAAGAUGUCUGAUGGGAGAUAGCGCUUGUCAGUUACUCGGCAGAAUAGACCUUUUCACACUCCAGGUUUUGGAACGCAGAAGUAAACUUUUGCAGGGUAAACUUCGACAGUGGUGAAUGGGAGUGAAUGGGAGAACACAGCAAGUAUUAAUUUCACUUAGCCAUUUGCUCCCAGAACAAAAGAAAAAAUCCACUAUUAUGUUUGAAUGACUUUCCAGAUGAAGAAAAAAAUUGAGCAGUGCAUUAAGAUUUAAGAGAAGAUGCCUAAUUUACUGUCACUCUCUCAGCAGCUGUCAAAUGUAUAGUGUAUAAAAAAAAAUAAAUUGAGAUUUACAUUGCUAAAUAAAGCGGAAAUGCGUCAUCACAGUCUGUGAUAAAGGUCUAUGGGUUCGAUGUCCGGAAGACUGGAAUAUUCGGUAGCAACAUGUCACUUGAAAAAUGACAGCGCAGUCAUUUCUAACAAUCAGACUUGCAAAACAAAUCUGAAUUUAGUGCAUUGUGCACAUAGCCAAAGAACACAGUUGUAAAACAUCACAUCAGUUUGAUUCUCAGCAGAUCAUGUAUCUGUAUGACAGCGGCGUGUAACAGAGCAUGAUACUGCUGUUCCUCAAGCUGCAGGCAAUGAUAGUAGCGUGUUUUGUUGUUUGUAACUUGUCCUGUGUGUUUACUGACAUUUAAGAGCUCAAAGAGAGUUCAGUACAGGGCCUCUAAAACACAUGCAUGAAUGUGAUGCAUCUCACAUGUACAUUAAAAGCUAUUCGUGUUCUUUGAAAGUUGUCAUGUUGUCAUCACCAACUGUGUGUUUUUCAUCUUUUGUGUGUAGAGACAUCAAACUAAACAUCCCUUACAAAUGUAAAUAAUUAUAAUAUGCUACAAAUUCAUUGUACAUCAGCUGAAUUUAAAUGAUGGAACAAACUGGCUUAGAGUUGCCACAUUACAAUAAAAAGAACUUCAACAACAAAAAAAUUGUUUAUGCAACACUUGGCAUGAUAAAUACAUGAAAGACUGUAUUUAAUAUUUGACUUCCUGCUGUUGCAAAGUCAAUUUUAUAGCUGAGAUAAAACCAAACAAAUGUACUUUGUAAUCCUAAUAUUCUCAUGAGCAAACUGUGACAUUAGAGACGUUCAACAGCAGGAACACAGUCACUCCGGCACAGUGUCUCCGAUCCAUUUGAGAUACGGCGGGUUUCCCUGAUCGAUGGGUAAACUGAUGACCUCUGCCACUUCAUACGGAUGAUUCGACCU